GCUUCUGUCGUCAAUUUCUUGUCCUCUACAAAAAACAUCAAGGAAUCCACACCUUUUCCACAAUGUCCCAAAAUCGAGCCGCAGAAAACGCCGACCUGAUAGCUCAUCUCUAUGAGCAGGUCUUGACACAGGCAAAACCAUGGUUGGCCACAGCGGACGACGAUGUUCUGGCCGAUCCUGCUUCGAGACCGACGGAUGGGAGUCAGAAACGACCUGCCAUCGUGAAUUCACAGACGGCAGAAGAGUUGUCCAAGGUGCUUGAUCUUGGGAUCGUCUCCGAGGGAGUAGAUGAUGUGCCCGAAUUUAUAUCCAAGAUCUUGGACAACUCGGUAAAUACCACCUCUCCCGGGUUCAUGGACAAACUAUACUCGUCCCCUAGUCCACCAGGGUUGGCAGCCGACAUGCUGCUCUCCAUCCUGAAUACCAACUCGCACGUCUAUACCGUCUCGCCAGCUCUUACCGUCGUGGAGAAAUACACGGGCAAAAGGUUGGCUUAUGAGUUUGGAUUACGGGAGAGCGUUUCGGGAGGGGUGACUUGUCCAGGAGGAGCGCAGUCCAAUGCUACGGCGAUGUUGGUUGCUAGGAACAUCAGGUUUCCGCAAGUCGUCACCGAUGGGGUGGCGAGCCUAUCCAAACCUCUGGCUGUGUUCACCUCGUCAGCAAGUCAUUAUUCGAUGGUCUCCGCCGCUCAAAACCUCGGACUAGGGGGCAAGUCUGUAAGAAAGGUCGCUACGAUCAACGACGCUAUGGACCCAGACGCACUGGACAAGGAAAUGCAAAAGGCCGUAGACGAAGGUCACAUCCCCUUUUACGUCGGUGCGACGGCGGGGACGACCGUUCGAGGAGCCUACGACGACCUUCGAGCCAUCGCGGCCGUAGCGAAAAAGUACGGGGCGUGGUUGCACAUAGACGCUUGUUGGGGAGGCGGAGCGAUCUUUUCCUCCACUCACAAGCACAAGCUCGAUGGGUCCGAGUUGGCGGAUACGAUCGCUAUCAACCCGCACAAGAUGUUGGGGGUCCCGUUGACCUGCUCGUUCUUGCUAGGAAGAGAUCUGAGGACGUUCGUGGUGGCCAAUCGGUUGGAAGCGGGGUACCUGUUUCACGGGGACGCCGAACUUGCCCAGAGCGAUGGGAGUACCACGAACGGGCAGGCUCAACCGAAUGGCGUUGGGGAGGAGGAUGAGGAUUGGAGGAACAGCGCGAGGAUCCUCAACGCCCCUCAUCCGGACAAGGUCACCGAUAUGGCUCAGUUCACCACUCAAUGCGGUCGACGACCAGACGCUCUGAAGCUUUACGCUCAUUGGCGGUACUACGGGACGGACGGGAUCGGCAAGCACAUCGACAUAGCUUUCCAAGGAGCCAAAACCGUACUCGAUCUAGUUCGACAGAGUACGACCCUCUCGGCCGUCGAAGCUGGUGAUCCUCCCUGUGCGCAAGCCUGUUUCUAUUAUUCCGGAACCAAGGGCAACUUGGGGCCCGAAAAGAGGAUCACCAGGGAGAUCGUAGAGAGGUUAGUGGAUUAUGGGUGGAUGACGGACUUUGCACCAGGAAAGAACAAGCAGGAGGAAUACCUCCGGGUUGUCUGCAACCGGUUGAGCACGGAUGAGGUUGUGGGGAACCUCGUCAAGGCGGUGGAGAUUGUCGGACGACAGGUCGAGAAGGAGUGGAAUCUGUAG